AUGUUUGCUUUUGUGAAUGAAGUUCCUGAUCCCUUUAAUAUAUGGCAUGGUAACGCAUCAGAUUAUACGACCAAUGAUAAUGAUGGAUACAUGUUUUUGGUAAAUGUGCAGAGAAUUGACCCUCAGAUUUUCAACUAUAAAACAGACGAUCUUCAUAUUGGUCGACUUUAUGAAUUUUCUGCCUAUGUCGCAAAUGUUGUCAGAAAGGAAAAAUGCUUGAGUAAACCAAAUAUCCGUUUUGAAGUUAGAGCUAUUAACGAAAGUGGGAAUGUAAUUGCAAAAAAAGGUACUGGUGAUGUGCCAGCAUGCUACAAUAUGAGCUGGUCAAAAUAUGGUAUUCCAUUCGAAACGACACAUAGUUCAGUCGUAUUGUUGAUGAUUUCAAACGAUGUUGAAAGUGAUGGAAAUGACGUAGCCAUUGAUGAUAUUGAAUUACGUGUUUAUUCAACAAAUGAUCUCGAUGAUACUUCUACUACAGACGCUUCAACAACAUUAAUCGCAAUAGAUUCAACUGAAAUAGAUUCAACAGAAACAUCUUCAACUGCACCAAUCGCAAUAGAUUCCGCAGAAAUGGAUUCAACAGAAACGUCUUCAACUGUACCAAUCGCAAUAGAUUCAACAGAAACAUCUUCAACUAUACCAAUCGCAAUAGAUUCAACAGAAUCAUCUUCAUCUGUACCAAUCGCAAUAGAUUCAACAGAAACUACAACAACUAUAACCAGCACUUCGUCGACCACUCCUCAACACACUUCUAGUAUUUUUGAUUGCAAGAAUAAUGAAGAAGACUACUGCGAGUGUUCCAAUGAUUUUAUUGGCUCGUCUUGUAAAAUUCAAUCUGAUGAUGUAUGCUCAAAACAAGAUAAUAACACUUAUGAAUCGCUUUUCUUUAUAACGUUUGGUUCUGGUUCCGAUCGAUUUUAUAGUAAAACUGCUUCUGAUUUUAACUUUAAAACAGAUCUCAAAAAAGAAUCGUGGUCAA